GAUUAAAGUACACCGCGCUUACCAGACUCUUCUUGACGCAUGCAACCAAUGAAGACAAUAAUAAUCAUGCUUUAGUUGAUAAAUUUAAUCGAGACAUGAAAUAUUAUUUAACGUCAUUACGGUGAUUAGAUCCAAAAUAUGUAUUGCACGUUGGCAAGAUGUUUUUGUAGGAUAGAUGCAGUGAGAGCUUUGAGUAUGGGCGAAGUGUCUACUGCACUUCGACCUUUCUAUUUUACUGUUCAUCCUGACCUUUUUGGACAAUAUCCCACACAAAGAACUGUAAAUGAAAAUUCUCUGAAACAAUUAAGUUCAAUCUUAGAAACUCUUCAACAACAAAGACCUAUAAGACCUACAACAUUGCCAUUUUAUUUACGUUCUAAGGAUGAAAAAGAUCUAAAAGCUGGCAAAUUUACUUUAGUUAAAAUAGAACUUAACGAAAAGGAUUUAAAAAAAACUAUUCGUUCUAUUUUAAAGACAUGUGAUUUGCCAACGACGUUUGUGGAUAAAAUAAAAGAGAAACCGUCUAAUACUCAAUCUCCAAAUUUGAAAUAUUGGCAGAGGAGAAAUAGAUCGGGAGAAACAAUUGAUUUUUCAGAAUUGGAAGAUGAUCCUAUUUACGCUUCAAUCAUAAUGAAAAGGAAACUAAAUAUUGAGCCAGAUACAUUAAAAGCAUAUCUUGAAAAACACAUUAACGAAGUACACGUAAAGUUAGAAGCAUGUAAAUCGGUAAGAGAAGAGGUCAGAAAAUUGGAGAAGGCGUUAUGUUCGGAUUUAGGUUUGAAAAAUAUAAUGUGGGAUUGUGGUUGGAAUAUUGCUCAUUAUAGAGGUUGUUUAUUAGCUUUUCGAGCAUUAGUGGAACAUCAUCCGGAACCAAUGAAAAUUUUGCAAGACAGGACAUUGAUAUUUGCCAAUGACACCGGAAUAAAUUUGGAAGGGAACGUGAUGUUAAAUUCUGGUGAAGUUAGACAUAAUUGGCUCGAUUUAAUCAAAAAUGUAAAGAAGUAUGAUACCAUAUUACAAAGAUUGCCAGCUUUUGAAAAGGCAGUAUCUACGGUUCUACUCGAUAUUAAAGUUGGAAGACGGGUACUCUAUAUGUGCAGGAAAUUCAUGCCUAAAGUAAUGGCUGGUCAAUAUGAACGUCAACUUCGACAACUUACAACAACACUGUCCGAUUAUCGAGGAAGGAGACAUUAUCCGAACGCUUGGCCAGCAAAUUUGUCCGCUUAUGAAAUAGUAAUAGAAGCUGAAGCAGGUCCCUUAAUGCUUUCUCCAACUGGACAAUUUAUCGUACCAUCCUCUUGUCCAAGUUUUCUGUUAGUCAGUUUUAUUACAGAGAAUUUAACAGAAGCUACCAAGAGAUUACAUCAUUACAACAACAUAAAACACAUUGAACGAGAACUUCAUGAAACAGUUAUUAAAGAAUUAGGCUUGGUUACUUUUAAUAAAGAUGAUAGCAUUACACCAGAUCUGAUGAUACAAUGCUGCGAACGAUUAUUGACGCACAAAAUAAUAUUAGCUCCUUUAUUGGACGGAGUCAUGCUUUGGGUGACUCAUUAUUACUCUAUUAUGAGCGAUGGUGUAUUAUGUAUACCAUGGGAUUGGAAACUUUAAUUCAAUGUAAAAAAGUAAUAGAAAAUAAUGUCAAUUUAUAUAAAUGUAUUUUUUAGCUGUACUGAUUCAACUUUGUACUCAAAUCUAUAAAUUACGCUUCAUAGAUUAAAAAUAUCUGUAUAUA